AUGCAGAACAAAUCAGAACAAAUCAGAUUAAAAAGAUUAGCUAAACUCAGUCAACCUUCAUCCUCAUCCAAUUCAAAUUCAAAUCAAACUACUAAUCAAACUACAAAAGUUAUCAAAACUACUAAUCAACCUCAAAAACUACCUCCGAUCACUUCUUCAAACUCAGGUUCUUCUACCCCUACAAAGAUUAAUAUUCAACCAACUCGUACAUCAAAACCACCAUCCAAACCUACUUAUCUCAGUGCUGAACAACUAAGCAAAUGGGAACAUGACUUUGUAUCUUACGUCUUUAAAGUCACUUUGAAGGAAUCAGUUGCCUCUGAAUCUCAAUGGAGUCAAACUUACCUUCCAGAUCUCGAAAAAGAACUUGAAGAGGAAACUCCAAGCGGUCACGAAUGGAGAGCCCCGGUCCGUAUAUUGGUGGAUCUCAUGGAGGUCAAACCGAUAGCCAAGAUGGUCACCCGCCUUGCAGAGUGGCUGCCAUCAUCUCCAAAUAUGGUAAACGGAAAGAGUUUGGAGGUUUUUUGCUUACUUGGCCCAGUCUUAGCCCUCUCUACCUUUCCUGACCGUGCACCGGUCAUCGCCGAAGAGUACUUCAAAAAUUCCAAAGAACGACCUCGUAGUGAUCUUGAUUCAGCUACCACGAGUCUGCAGCAAACGCUCAACUCGCUGCAUCUCAGCCUAUAUAACAUCUUCGAUCGCAUCGUCAGAGCAGGCCCUGAGCCACGAGAGGGUGUAUUGCAGUUUUGGGCUCAGGUGAUUCAAUUGAAUCUCAAACGGGCUGCAAUGCAAGUGGACCCAGCUGUCGUAUCAUCAGAUGGCUUCAUCAUCAACACUCAGGCUGUUUUGCUUCAGUUUGCUGGGCCGUUUUUGGAUCCUCAAUUUUCCAAGAUCGACAAGGUUGAUCCUCUUUACUUCAAACACUCUAAACGUUUGAACAUUAUGGAAGAAACCAAGAUCAGUGCUACCAAAGAAGAAUGUGACGCCUUCUUGACCCAAGAGGAUUCGAGUGGCUCGACACCUGUAAACUUUAUCAGCGAGAUUUUUUUCCUCAAUGUGGCUAUCUUCAGAUUGGGAAUCCUUUCCGUUGCCAAGAAUUGGGAGACACGAGCCAGAGAUAUUGAGGAUUUGAAGAAAGAGUUAAACCGACUUAAAGAAGAUCGAAGAUGGGAUGGGACACCUAUGAUGGCGCGAGUCAAGGCUACCAUUGAGAAGUUUGAGUUGGAGCUUUCAUCUCGUGAAGCAAAGUUGACAGCUUAUGAGGUCCAGAUGUGUGAUCCCGAGUUUCUAACCAAGUGUAACAGCUUUUGCAGCUUUGUGAUGACUUGGUGUGUCAGGAUGGUUGAUCCUACGCAUCAACAUCCUAAAAUUCCUAUCAAAUUACCCCUACCUCAAGAUUGCCCUCUCGCCUUUCGAAUGCUACCUGAAUAUGUACUCGAGGACGUGAUUGAAUUUUACUCAUUUAUCUCACGACAUUCACCACCCACUCUACUUCAAUCUUCGGCGGUGAUAGACGAACUCUUGACAUUCACCCUAGUAUUUCUCACUACACCCUAUCUGAAGAACUUUCAUUUGAAAUCCAAGUUCAUUGAGAUUCUGUACUUCAACACUCGACCUAUCCCUGGCCGACCGAAUGGUGUCCUCGGCGAUGCCCUUAAUUACCAUCCAAUGUCUUUGUCUCAUCUCAUGUCGGCAUUGAUGCAGAUCUACGUCGAGGUUGAGAUUACGGGUAGUCAUUCCCAGUUUUAUGAUAAGUAUAUCGCUUUAAUCCUCAGAAAAGUUUGGAACAACCAAACUCACCGAAUAGCCUUGAAGAAAGAAUCCACUACCGAGUCUUUUAUCCGAUUUGCCAACUUAUUGAUGAACGAUGUCACCUAUCUUCUCGAUGAGACCCUUCGACAAUUACAAGACGUCAAUCGGAUCGAGAGCAAGAUGGCUGAUAGCGCAGCUUGGAUGGCGUUACCUGAAUCCGAACGAAAAGAUGAAGAAAGUAAACUACAUUCAUAUGAACGACAAUGUCCUUCAUUCUUAAGUCUUGCGAAUGAGAAUGUGAAUAUGUUGAAGACUUUUACGGAAGAAACACCAGAUGCGUUUUUGAAAUCAGAGAUUGUGGUUAGAUUAGCAGCGAUGUUAGAUUACAAUCUUGAAACACUUGCUGGACCAAAGUGUCAAAGUUUAAAAGUUAAAGAUCCAGACAAAUUUAAUUUUUAUCCCAAGAAACUCUUAACGGAUAUCUUACAAGUUUAUUUAAAUUUAUCAAAUCGAAUUGAAUUUCAAGAAGCGAUUUCAAAUGAUGGUAGAUCAUAUAAAAAAGAAUUGUUUGAAAGAGCUGAUCGGAUUGCAAGAAAGGCGAAUUUGAAAAGCAUAGAAGAAUUGGAAAAAUUGAAAGUUUUGGUCCUUAAGAUUGAAGAAUUGAAACAACUUGAAGCUGAAGCUGAAGAAGAAUUAGGUGAAAUUCCUGAUGAAUUUUUAGAUCCUGUUAUGGCCACUUUGAUGAAGGAUCCAGUGAUCUUGCCAAGUUCAAAGACUACGGUUGAUAGAUCGACUAUCAAACAACACUUUUUGAGUGAUCAAACUGAUCCGUUUAAUCGAAUGCCAUUGAAACUUGAAGAUGUUAUACCAGAUCUCGAAUUACAAACUCGGAUCACCGCAUGGUUAGCACAAAAGAAAGAAGAAAAGAAAAUGAUGAUUGGGUAAACAAGAUCUAUGGUAUAAUAUGACAAAAGGUUUAUAUGAUCAAAAUGAAUUUAUGAAUUGUAUCAUUGUAAAAGAUGAUGAGUUUAAGUUUUAUGGUAGGUUAUGAAUGAGAUUGAUGGGAUGUCGUUGUAAGGUGCAGGACUUCCGACUAUGUGAUGAGAAUUGUAGUUUUGUUUCUUAGAUGAAAAUCAAAUUGAUAAUGAAAUGUACAU